AUGGGUCUCUUGGACAAACUCGCAAGCAAGGUCGGCGGCAACUCGUCCGGUCGACCCAGCUCGCAGCAGUACGGCGGUGGUGGCUACGGACAGCAACCACCUUAUCACCGGCAGCAGCAGCAGAGUCCGUACGGCGGUGGUGGAGGCUACGGCCAGCCACCAUCACACCAGGCCGCUCCCUCUCCUCAACCACCGUCCGCUGCAAACACCUCGUCAGAAAAGCCGAAAGACGACGACCGUCCACUCCCCACCGGUUGGGUCAAGCAGUGGGACAGCAACUACAGCCGUUACUUUUACGUCGACACCAAGGCCACCCCGCCACGUUCCAUCUGGGUGCAUCCGGACGACGAGAACAAGAACAACGGCAGCUCUGCUCCCGCGGGAGGUUAUGCCCCGCCCUCUGGUCCGCCCGGUGCGGACAACCGCGGCUGGGGUCAACAGCAGCACUACCCACAACAGCAGCCGUACGGGCAACCCGGCUACGGUAGCGGCUACCCUCAGCAGGGUGGCUACGGCGGCUAUCCACAACAGCAGCCCAUGUACGCUCAGCAGCCCAUGAUGGCUCAACAAGGCGGAAGAUUCGGUGGUGGAGGCGGCCGCUUCGGCGGCGGUGGAGGUGGCAUGGGCAUGGGCAUGGCCGGUGGUGCGGCACUCGGUCUAGGUGCAGGCAUGCUUGGUGGUGCGCUGAUCUCCCACGAGAUGAACGACUCGUACCAGGAUGGCUACCAAGAUGGUCAGCAGGACGACUACGGCGGAGGCGACUACGGCGGUGGUGAUGACUUCGGUGGUGGCGAUUUCUGA